UUCCCCGGGGGGCCGAGCAGGGGGGGGGCAGCUCCGAGCUCCUGCCACCCCCAUCCACCCCCCUCCAUGGACCACCAGUCCAUCAUCACCCAGCUUAGCAAGGAGGAGGUGACCGCCCCGCUGCAGGAGAAAGGUGCCCAGAGCCCCCCAGCCGCUGCUAAGAAGCCUCGGGGCCGCAGCAUCCUCCAGUCCUUGUUCUGCUGCCUGUGCCACGAUGACGCCGAGCCCUUCUCUGUCAACAACAACGCCCCGCUGCUGGUGGAGGAGAACGGCUCCGUGCCUAAGGCUGCAGUCAAGCACCUCCUGCCCGAGAUCAAGCCUCAGGACGCCAGCAAGUUGUGUGUGGUCAUCGACCUGGAUGAGACGCUGGUGCACAGCUCCUUCAAGCCGGUGAACAACGCCGACUUCAUCAUUCCGGUGGAGAUCGAUGGCAUCAUGCACCAGGUGUAUGUAUUGAAACGACCACAUGUGGAUGAAUUUCUUCAAAGGAUGGGAGAGCUCUUUGAAUGUGUCCUCUUCACUGCCAGCCUGGCCAAGUACGCAGACCCUGUCGCCGACCUGCUGGAUAAGUGGGGGGCGUUUCGUGCCCGGCUCUUCCGCGAGUCCUGCGUCUUCCACCGGGGCAACUACGUGAAGGACCUGAGCCGCCUGGGCCGCGACCUGCGCCGCAUCAUCAUCGUGGACAACUCGCCCGCCUCCUACAUCUUCCACCCCGACAACGCUGUACCGGUGGCCUCGUGGUUUGACAACAUGGCAGACACGGAGCUGCUGGACCUGCUGCCCUUCUUCGAGAGACUCAGCAAAGUGGACGACGUUUACACAGUGCUCAAGAAACAGCGGACUAACAGCUAGUGGUGCCCCAGUGGGGCCGGUGGCGGUGGCCCAGUGGCAGCCUCGGUGGGGAUGUGUGUGGGUCCUUGUAUCUCCCCAUCACCACCCCAUUCCCCGCUGCGAUGGUCACAGUGGGUGCCCCACACAGAAUGGGUGCCUGGGGGUGACUCGCUGGGGACAUGUUUGGAGAGGUCCCGUCCUCUUGUUGCCCCCCCCUCCCCAAAACGGUUCUCAGGUCCUUUUCCCCUCCACAUCCCUCGGAGUGGGGAGGGGAGUUAAGCAGUCGCUGCUUUCCACUGCCUUUUGGGUGAGCCUGGUCCCCACAGCCUUUGCCGAAUUUGGGGACUGGCAGCCCUCAGCCCCCUGCCUGCAGGGGGCCACCCCCAAGUGUGGGUCCCAUUUGUCUUGGGGUCACUGCCGUGCCCCCAGCUCUGCCUUUUGUGCAGCUGAUACCUUUGGGGGGGCACCACUCCACCCCCCCCCCUUGUGCCUUCUGGUGCCCCCUCCCCACCUCCAGGGGUGAAUUUUGGGGGGGCUGAGCCCCUGGCUUUCAACACCUCCGUGUGCCUUGGGACACCAUGUCUCUAUGUGUCCCUCCUGCAAUAGAGGUGCCUGGGGAGGGGCUACAAAAUUACCCCCCUCCAACCUCACUUUCUUCCCAUGGGGGGGUGGGAAUUCUGAUGGCCUCAACCCACCCCCCCCACACACCCUCCCCCAGUGCCACUGUGGCAAUGGGGGCCACUCCGCUCACCAGCAGAGGUCCCCUGCCUUGGGGGGGGGGUCACACACUCUAUCCCCAUCCCUUCUCAAUGUCACCAAAGGAUGGGGGUGGCCUGUAGAAGCCUUAAGGUAAUAUCCCACCCCCGCCUCCCCAUGGCCUUAAAGGAGCCCUGCCCCCCAACCCCUUGCCAGUGGUCUCCCUCCCUUUGAGGGGAACGAGGGCUCUCAGGGAGGGGGGGAUUUUUAAGUGGAGGGAGAGCAUAUUUUCUAGAGUCAAUUUAUGGACAAUGAUAUAUUUUUAAGGGGGGGGGGAAAGCAACGGUCUCCCAAAUAAUCAAGGGUGCCUUUUUACCGCUGUGCCAGGGAAUGGGGGAAUCUUUUGGGGGAGGGCUUUUUAACUCUCCAUUGCUGUCCGUCCGGCCCCUGCGGUGCUGCCCUUCUCCAAAUGCUGGGGGCCAGGGUGAGGGCCCCCCCGGCUCUGCCUAUGGCUCCCCACCCUGCACCCUGCUCCUGCAGUGGGGUCCCACUCAGCACUUUAUUGGCCACAUCAGGCAGCAUCCAUGGGUGCACCCCUGGGUGUGUGGGGGGAGGGGGGCUGGAGAUGGGGGUGAGGGGGGGGCGGGGGGGCUGGGGACCAGUAAGUGCCUUGGUGUGAUUAAAGCUGUCCAACCCUCCUGGAAA